AUGCCGAGAUCGGAUGACGAAGUGAUAGCAGACAGCGAGGAAGAGGAUUCCAUGAUGUUAGAGCCUGUUGAGAAGACCGGCGGACAAGCGGGAGUACAUGCACCGUCAUCCAUUCAAACUGCCAGCACGCUCCAUCGCGAAGCGAGCGAGAUCUCUGCCUUUACUCAUGAUGCUAAUAUAUCCCGCACUACUGUUGCCUCCAGCUCCUCGAUAUCCAAGCCAUCUACUCCUUCCGUCAACGCGGCUUCCAAGUCCACCAGCUCAAACCGCCCCAGACCUAAGCCCAAGCCCGCAUACAAGGGUGCCCCAGGCGUGGUAGGCAGUAACGGCACACCUAGCGAUGCGCCAUCUGCCAUUGAUACGUCGACUGGCUCAGCACCGCCUGCAUCAUCAUCAGAUAUUCAAACUGCAUCUUCGUCGAACAAAGGCAGGGUGUCUACAGGAUCAGCAUCGUCUAGCGCAAAGAGAAAGGCACUUGAUAUGUCUACCGAGAUCAUAGAGGUGUACUCACAAGACAUUGCCGAAGUCGCCAAAAUGCGGUCGCGCGUACGUCAGGCAAAGGCGACGGGGAAACAGCCUGCUCCUCCACAGAUUGACGACGUCAUCGAGCUCUCUUCAGACGCAGAUGAUGAGCUGUCUCUUCUUCCACCGCUCAAGCCCAGCAAGUCCAAGCCGCGAAAGUCGCCGCCUCCGAGAAAGCGCGCCAAAACAUCCCACCCGCCCACAGAAGAGUCCGACCCCCCACCGCUCCCCGUCCUCUCUCCCGAUAUCUUGUUCGACCUCGGCUCCCAGCUGCCGCCGUCCGAUCCGCCCCCGCCGUCUACGGCUUCGGCGCCUCCGGUAUCCCCACCGUCGGACCUUGCGGCGGCCCGUAACAAUGACACGCCGCCGUCGUCUCCGCUGCCGAGGCCUAGCCGGGUGCGCAAGCGCAAACCCGCUGCGCCGCUGCCAGACAUCGAAGACGACACAAUGCAUCUGGAUGCCCACAACCUGCAGGAUGAGCCUCCGCUUCCUCCCCCUGCGUUCUUCGCGGGUUCGUCUUCGUCACCACCAGUGCCCGUACCCCAUGGCAGAAUCGAGUCGCUGUCUUCUUCGAAGGGUGUCUCGGGUGCGACGAACCCCGACGAUGGUGGAGCGAAGCCGAAAGCAAAGACAAAGGGUCGGAAGGACGAGGCAAAUAAUGACAGUGGCGCGGUCGAAGCACCCACAAAGAGCAAAUCGAAGGCGCGGAAGAAAGCCAGAGAUGACGAUGACGACGAAUGGAACAUGGCCCAAGAACCCGCGCUGAAGGCACGCAAGAAGGCGGCAGACAACGACGACGAUGACUGGGAUGGCGACGCACCGCCAAAUCCGAAGCGCAAGGCGCCAGCAAAGAAGAAGGGCAAGAAGGUGGCCGUGGAGAAGCAGGUGGAGGGCGCAAGCAAGGCGCGAAAAUCGAGCACCAGUAAGGGCAAAGAGAAGGCAAAGGCGCCGACCAGCAAGGAGUUCAUUGAUGAUUCGGACGAAGAGCGGGACACACUGUUGAUGCCUCCACCGAAAGACGUGCCUCAGAAGGCUGCGAAUUCUGGUCGUACGUCUGCUUCCACCAGUGGAGGGUCGGUCGACGAUAAUUUGGAACGGAACCCAUUCCGAGCGGGGAUCGAAGGCCAGGACAUUGUAGAUUUGAGCGGCGUGAAGGAAGCGCAGGACUCACCGCUACAGACAUCAAAGAGUACCUCCACGUCGAACGGGACAACGGACAACAGCAGUGAGUCAACGCCAGCUAGCAGCAAGAGCAAAGGGAAGAAACGAGCCAUCGUUCUGUCAGACGGUGAGGAAGAAGAAGUAGCUGCAGGUUCCCGCAGCGCCAUGGCCCGUCGGAAGGAGCCAGGCAAGAUUAUUGGUACCGGAAAGACCAACGGGAAAGACCCGGAGGAGCAAGACAGUGAGAGCGACAAGAGCAAGGAAAAUCUUGAACCAAGCGGCUCUGCGUCGAUGCUACCUCCACCUCCGCCAUCUAGGUUUUCGAGCUCGUCACGCGCGUAUUCGAUCGGGUUAAAGAAAUCGACACCAAUGUCCGAGCUCAUUCGCAAGGUCAACUCGCUCCCCGGGUCGCCCUUCGCUUCCCCUCGCCCUACUUAUUCGCCAUACGCGAAGUCCUCCAAGAAUUUGCUCAAACGUAUCGCGCCGCUCCAUGCAAAUCGGCGUACACCUCCCCCGCCACUUCCUCGUCCUCCACCACCAAAGAAGACGAAGAAACAGCUGGAGCUAGAGGAGAAGUGGGAAAUGGAACUGGAGGAGAGCGUGGAGGGAUGGUACUGCCUGUCUGAAGAGGAACGGGCGACGCUGCGCAGGGCGAAGAGGGAUAUGGAGAUGGGUGUCGAAGAUUAA